UCUCUCUCUCUCUCUCUCUCUCUCUCUCUCUCUCUCUCUCUCUCCUGAUUGGUAGAAAGCAAAGACUGCUGCAGCACCUCCGCCGCAUCAUCGUCACCGGCCAGAUCGAUUGUUAUACAAGCUACAGUAUACGGUGUAGUCUUCUAAUGGCAUAUCAUCCUAACCAUAUCUCGCAAGAUAUGGCCCUACAACAACAUUUCUCCGACACCGACAACAAUUCCGUCCUCCGAACGAUUCUUCCAGAACAUCACCACCUUGCAUCCGCCGCACAAUCUUCCUCUUCUUCCCGUUCCGCCGGAAAAGACCACUGGCUCAAUAACGCAAUUCUCCGGCAACAAGGCAGAUUCGGUGGCGGAACCGGCGACGGUAACAAUAAUAUCUUCCUCAACCUGCAAACGAACCACAAUAAUUCAGAUUCUGCAGCUACGACGUCAUCUCAGCAUCACCACCAUCAACAGGCUGCUAACAAUAACAACAAUCAGUGGCUAUCGAGAUCGAUAUUGCAGAGGAACGUUAGUGAUGUUAGAGGAGACGACGGAGUUGCGGAAGUUUCUACUGACUCAAUUAUCGCCGCCGCCGCCGUGAUGUCUUCUCACAGUUCACCUGAUCUGAACAAUCAUUCUAGAAACAUCGCUGCAAGUCAGGUAGAUAACAAUGUCGGAGGAGGAGGAGGAGAGCUCGGAGAGAGCGAGGCAGGUGGCGGCGACGGCGGUGGUGGUGGUGGAUCGUUAAUGAAUUGGCAAAAUGCGAGACAAAAAGCAGAGGUACUGUCGCAUCCGUUGUACGAACAGUUACUAGCGGCUCAUGUGGCUUGUCUGCGCAUCGCAACGCCGGUGGAUCAGCUGCCGAGAAUUGAUGCACAACUUGCGCAGUCGCAGCAGGUGGUUUCGAAGUAUUCGGCUCUUGGUGGCCAUGGUAAUCUUGUUCAUGAUGAUAAGGAGCUUGAUCAAUUCAUGACACAUUAUGUUUUGUUGCUUUGUUCUUUCAAAGAACAAUUACAGCAACAUGUUCGAGUUCAUGCAAUGGAAGCAGUGAUGGCCUGUUGGGAGAUUGAACAGUCCCUACAAAGCUUAACAGGGGUAUCCCCCGGAGAAGGCACAGGGGCAACAAUGUCCGAUGAUGAUGAAGAUCAGGUGGAUAGUGAUGCCAAUUUGUUUGAUGGAAGUCUUGAUGGACAUGACACCAUGGGAUUCGGCCCUCUUGUCCCAACAGAGAGUGAGAGGUCACUGAUGGAACGUGUUAGGCAAGAGCUAAAGCAUGAACUCAAACAGGGUUACAAGGAGAAGAUUGUGGACAUAAGGGAGGAAAUAUUACGCAAAAGGAGGGCAGGAAAACUGCCUGGUGAUACUACCUCUGUUUUAAAAGCUUGGUGGCAAUCACAUGCCAAAUGGCCAUACCCUACUGAAGAAGACAAAGCACGAUUGGUUCAAGAAACAGGGCUACAGUUGAAGCAGAUAAACAAUUGGUUUAUCAAUCAGAGAAAACGAAACUGGCACAGUAAUCCUUCCUCUUCUACAGUCUUGAAGAGCAAACGCAAAAGAAGCAAUGCAGGUGAUCGUGAUGGUGAUCAUAUCAUGUAAAUCAAGCAAACCUGUACAUGUAAUCUACGAGCCCAACCCACACACAGAUAUGCAACAAAUCUCAAACCAAAAAGAUGAAAAUGGUGAGAUUUGCAUUUUUAAAGUUAUAUAUGAUGAUCCAUUAAUACUAUAUAUAUAGUUUUUAACUGUAUUAUUGUUGUGUUUUUGAUAGCAGUUGUAUAUCAUAAUAAUUAUGUUAGUGAUUCUUAUAGUGUCUAUGUGUGCCGAUUCAUAGGCACUCUUCGUAUUGCGUAUGAUAUUAUGUUUUUUUAUUGAUUUUUAACUAAUAAUAAUGAACUUUACAAAUGGUUAUGUGAAAAAUUAAGCUUAGAAAAUCUUUUUAACUAAACUGUCUUAAAGGUACC